GGUGCAUUUUCAUUCUGUGUAUUGUUCUCCGGGGCUGGUGAUGCGAUCGCAUUGUGCUGAGUUUUGAAGAGUGCGAGCAGCACUGCUGAUGUGACUCCCUGGGAACCUACUUUUCCACUGGCCCCGGGAUAAAAUUGGGUGAUUCAUUCUGUGCGGGACGCAGGCGCGUGCAGGGAAGCAGGCACGCUGAGAGCGAUGGGGUUAGAGGAGCUGGGACACUGAAAAACGAUGCAGGAUUCCCCCAGCUCUCUGGUGAUGGAUGGGUACUCCAGCAAUGUGCCAGCCUUCCUAACCAAACUCUGGACGCUGGUGGAAGAUCCUGAAACAAACCAUCUCAUCUGCUGGAGCACUAAUGGCACCAGCUUCCAUGUGUUUGACCAAGGACGCUUUGCCAAAGAGGUGCUGCCCAAGUACUUCAAACACAACAACAUGGCCAGUUUUGUCCGGCAGCUGAACAUGUAUGGCUUCAGGAAGGUGGUGAACAUCGAGCAGGGGGGCUUGGUCAAGCCCGAGCGGGACGACACCGAGUUCCAGCACCUCUGCUUUCUGCAGGGCCACGAACACCUCCUGGAGCACAUCAAGAGGAAGGUGUCAGUGGUGAAAAGUGAGGAGACCAAGAUGCGCCAGGAGGACCUCAGCAGGUUGCUAUACGAGGUACAGAUACUGAGAAGUCAGCAGGAGAACAUGGAGUGUCAAGUGCAGGACAUGAAGCAGCAAAAUGAAGUUCUUUGGCGAGAAGUAGUUUCUCUUCGGCAGAACCACUCACAGCAACAGAAAGUGAUCAACAAGCUGAUUCAGUUUCUGUUUGGCCAGCUCCAAUCCAGCCCCAGCAGCACUGGGAUAAAGAGGAAACUACCUCUGAUGCUUGACAAUGGCAUCUCAGCUCCACAAGUGUCCAAGUUCAGCCGGCAUUUGUCUACAGACCCCCUCCAUGAACCCUAUUUCAUACAGUCGCCAUCAGCAGAACCUGCCUCUUGCUUAAACAGCCCUGCAAUUGCUGGAGGACCCAUCAUAUCUGAUGUUACUGAAGCAUCACCAUCGAACAUAAUAAAUAUGCAAUCCCCUCCUGAAAAUGACAGAGAGAAGUGCCUCAUGCUGAUCAAGGAGGAGCCCGUCAGCCCUGGAGUGAAAGCCACCGCUGAGCCUGAUGUCCCCCUGCCAGGCUGCCGGGCUUGCUCUGAGCCUCCUGUGCUGCCAGUGGCCAUGGUUCAGUCGGUUUUGGAGGGCAAAGGGAGCUGUGGUGCAGCCCCACCAGGGACCUCACAACCACCUGAGAGAAGAGGCAGAAGGGCACUGCUGGACAGAACAGAUAUUUCAGACCCGCUGGAGGGCACCGACUGGAGCGUGGAAGGGCUGCAGCUCCUGCUGAGGAGCCAGCAGUACGGCCUGGAGCCCGCCAGCCUCUUGGAUGUCUUUAAUCCCAAUUUAUCUUUGAGUGAGUGGAAUUUGACUGAAAUGGAAGCCAGUCUGUCUCCGUUUAUAUUUUUGCAUCAAGAUGCAGCGACUCACAGUGGAUCUGGAGAAGAAUGCAACUGAGCUGUCCCCUAAAGUGUUCAACCCACCGCUUAACAACGCCUGCCCAGGGAAAGAUGUCGUUCUUGAAAGUGCCCAGCAAAUCCUCAUUGAUCGUCAGUCAAUCUUUGGCAAUGACCUCGUCAGCUUGCCUGAAAUUUCAUCGCUUUAUGUUCCAUCUGAAAAUAUGGCUUCUUACCUCUCCUCUACGGGUGUCCCUGGGGAUAUCCCACUAAACCUGAGCUCUUCAACUGACAACAACCAGUGAUUUAGCUUCCAAGAAACAUCGUCUCCCUCCCACACAUCCAAGCAUCCACAGGUUUGAAUGUAAAGAAACAAAAGGGAUUCAGAAACCCACAAGAGAGGGGUUUUUUUGUGCCCUUUCUUUUUGCGUAGAUGGAAAUGGUUGGUAGCUGUUGCAUCACCCUCCCUGCACCUGGAUUUCUGUGUUUGCCCAAGAUAAUAAUUUUAAAACAAAAUUCUGCUUCUGGCACUUGGUCCUGUGGGGAGUGAGAACUUGGCAAGAUUAUUCUUUUUUAAUGCUUUCAGAAAUUUCAAAUCUUCUAGUGAAAUUUAAGUAAAGAGUAGUUUGAAAGUGCAUCAGGGACUUCAUAAAAUAAAGUCAUCCUGACUAGUGUCUGCAAUGGCAUACUGUUGGAUGUUAUUGGAGCAACACAGAUUAGCUAAGUUGCCCGACCCUUCUGGAUGCUGUUUUUUAAAUAGGAAAAUACUCCUAUAUGCCAGUCCAAUGCUCUAAAAAUAUUCUAUUAUCCAUUUUCUGGUUUUGAUGGGUUGUUCUUGUGCCUCCCCCAUAUCCUCCUAGGGUGAGGAGGAAAAUUAAGAUCUCUCGGGGUGUGCAGAAGAUCAUUUUCUGAGUGACCACUCCAAUAAUAUGUCUCUGGCUCCUACAGGAGCUACAUACCACCACAGACCCCCAAACAUCCCAUAAUGAGUUGAGAGGGUUUGUUGUUUGUUUUUUUUUUUUUUUUUUAAUUUUUUGUGGUUUUUUUCCCAAAAUUUAUUUUCUCUAACAUAAGGGCAGGGAACCACAUACUUAAAAAAAUUUAAAGGGAUAGACUCUUCUGCACACACAAUUUUCCAUGUGCAAAGAGGACUGAGGGAGCGCACUUCAGGUUUUGGUGCUGGCUGAGUAUUCCAUGUCCAGCGCAAUGAUUUUUUCCUCGGCCUUGACUUGUUCUGUUUCCCCUGAAGAUGUGCCUGUUGGUUUAUUGAUGUAUAAAAUCUUAUGAACCAACUCAAUCUAUUGGAUUCCCUUUUUAGAAGGACUCUCAGCUGCUCAGUGUAGGAGAGAGGCAGAAGGGUUAGUCCACCAUGUCCCACUAACUUUUCUUCUGUCCUUUGUGCAUCUGAGACCAACCUCCAAAGGCUGAAUUAAUCCUCCUCUUCCAUGUGGUUUCUGACAACUGAGUUUCUCAACAAAGCAGAGCUUUGUUUUUUAUGCCGUAGUUCUAAUGAGAAUGUAUUAUUUAUCUCAGUAUCCUCUAAUUCAUAGAAUCGCUUGCGUUGGAAGGGACCUUUAAAGGUCAUCUAGUCCAACCCCACUGCUUUUUAUUAGGAAAGCUACCCAAAUGCAGUGAGACAGACCCAGGAAAUUCAGCUAACUCAGGCCAAAGGGCUUAGUCAGGGAGGUUUAAGCUGUGCCAGUAUCAGUUGAAGAAAUGCUCUGCCACCUUUCAUUGCUGUGAUGAUUCUUGGUUCUAAACCAUAUUUCUGAGCAUCAUGAAUGGUCAAGUAGCAUCCACCCCAAAGUGUAGUCAAUCAGUCAGAUGAAUGCGUUUCAAAUUUUCCUCAAUAAGACAAGGACAUUUGAGAUGGACCUUCCUGUCACAGCCCUUUCCUCCAUCCAUUUAUCAGUAUGUGAACAGAUGUGUUAGUUCAGAAACAUUCACUUUUGAGCACAUUUUUCCCCCGCCAACUCCUGUGUGCUGGGAGCUCUGUCACCACCUUGGCAGAGCAGUCUUUGCAGAAGCGAGGUUGUGAGAGCUUCUGAACUAAUUCCAGCCACUGAUUUUGUGUUCAGGACUAAGGGAAAAUUCAGGCAGUGCCCGUUGGCCUGGUAUUUAGAUGAUGUGCUUGAGUGUAUCAUGGACAAUGUUUUCCUUUUUGGCGGAUUUCUGCCUAGAAAGUUCACCUAGAUCAGCCCAUUUGCCACUUUAUUUUGUCAUUGCCAGUGUUCAAAAGUUGUUGAGUUGUGCUCUGUUUACUUCUUUUCUCACAGGUAAUUUAAAACUGUCUGGUGUCUCAUAUCACCUGACAGUGUGUGUUAUCCCUGUUCGAGAUUUACAUCCUUCUCUGAACCUCCACACUCUAGAUUGCCUUAAUGUUAACACUGAAUGUAUUGAUCCAAUAAGCUAUUUAAGCACGUGCUUAACUUCAAGCUCCUGAGCAGCUUUCUUGUAUUUUUGUGAAACAUAUCACAUGCUUGAGGUUAGACAGAUGCUUUGGUGUCCUACUGGAUUGUCUAGUUGGGGUUGAAGAAUGAACCAUCCUAGGAGAGCUACUUGGAAGGAGGCAGCGGUGCAGCUCAGCCGAGGAGGGUGUCUGACAUCGCAGGCUGCAGCAUUUUUUAAAGUGCCGAGCAGCAAACUGCGCUUGCUGCCAGCAGCCCCUGGGGAUGGUUCUUGGGCAUUUCUUUAGGCUUUUUGCUCUACUAUAAACAUGAGAUUGGAGCUUGAUGGUGAGAGAGGAACCUCUAGGAACAGUACUGGAGAGCCGCUCCUGUGAAGAAGCAAGCUUGUGUUCCUUGGCUUUUUACAUUGUUAAUUUUACUUGAAGGUGAUGUGCUGAGACUGCGUUUUUGCACUAUGCUGUACAUUUGUAAAAUUUUACAGAAAACACUAAUUAAACAUGUUUCCUUUUUCUCAUUUA